AUGAGUUCUCCGUUGUUCCAAUCCUCUCAGCUGUCGCAGCUCUCACCCAAUAAGAGAAGUCGGCGCAAGUCAAAAUACACUUACAAGCAUCUAACGCUGCUGAGUCAAUCAUCGACUGCGUGCCCACUGAGAGCUAUAGCCCAUAUAGACCUAGAUGCAUUCUACGCACAAUGCGAGGGUGUUCGAUUGGGCAUUGCAGAAGACCAGCCGCUCGCUGUUCAGCAAUGGCAAGGGCUCAUUGCUAUAAAUUAUCCAGCUCGAAGUUACGGUCUAACGAGAUUCUUGCCUCUAAACGAAGCGAAGAAGCUUUGCCCAAAUCUGAUUUGCCAGCACGUCGCUACGUGGAAGGAGGGUGAGGAGAAGUGGGCGUAUCGCGAUGACGCGGCCGCACACAUAGGAAAUCAAAAGGUCUCUUUGGAUCCUUACAGGCUUGAGUCUCGCAGAAUAUUUGCUUGCAUUCGAGACGCUCUGCCACCGGUGCCGAAGCAGAGAGUUGAAAAGGCAAGCGUCGAUGAAGUCUUUCUAGAUUUGUCUGCGCAAAUCCAUGUCAUCUUACUUGAGCGAUACCCUGAGCUUGCGGGCCCACCGCCCUACGAUGACCCCACAGAAAAGCUACCACGUCCUCCGACGACCACCCUCGACUGGGACACUGAUGCUCUUGUGGAUCUUGAUGCGUCGGAAACAGAGGAUGAUGAUCCGGACUGGGAUGAUAUUGUCAUGCUCAUAGGGUCUGAGAUCAUUCGCCGGGUGCGAGCAGCGAUCCUUGAACAUGUGAAAUAUACUUGCUCUGCUGGAAUAGCGCGCAAUAAGAUGAUUGCAAAGCUGGGUUCUGGUCACAAAAAGCCCAACCAGCAGACCAUCGUUCGUAAUCGGGCUGUCCAGCAUUUUCUUAGUCAAUUUAAGUUCACCAAAAUCCGCAACUUGGGUGGCAAGCUCGGAGAGGAAGUCGUUGCCAAAUUCAACACAGAUCAAGUGACUGAUCUACUCCGCACUUCUCUCGAGCAAAUGAAAUCUAAAUUAGGAGACGAUACCGGCUCAUGGGUAUACUACAUCAUUCGAGGCGAAGAUACAAGCGAAGUCAACCCUCGGACUCAGAUCAAGUCUAUGCUUUCUGCAAAAUCGUUUCGUCCUACAAUCAAUAGCACCGAUCAAGCUCACCGCUGGCUCCGAAUCUUUGUGGCUGAUAUCUACGCAAGGCUGGUUGAAGAGGGCGUGCUGGACAAUAAGCGAAGACCUAAGAUCAUCAACUUACACCACAGACAAGGUGGUCAGCAGAGGUCACGCCAAGCUGCAAUACCGACCGGUAGGCCUAUUGAUGAAUCUUUACUUUUUGACUUAUCGAAGAAUAUCUUGGCGCAAAUCAUCGUUGAUGGGAGAGCCUGGCCAUGCAGUAAUCUCUCGCUUAGUGUGGGUGGCUUUGAAGAAGGACCGAUGGGGAAUAAGGGCAUCGGCGGCUUUCUCAUUCGUGGAGAUGAAGCAAAAGCCAUGACAGCAAUAUCCCGUGACGUGCGUGACACGACGCCCACAGGCGCAGAUCAUCCAGCAAAACGUCGCAAGACAGAGACUCAAUCACUGCCGGCUUUCUUUGCACGGCAAGACACAGAGCAUAGAGAUACAGAGGAAGACGCAGACGAAUUAGAGCAUUCUCUGGAGUCCAGUAGCAGACCACACUCAUGCGAGCGAACAUCGAAUGGGUCCCUAGAUGACGCUGUCCGGAGCACCGACGCAAGAGCUGAUGACGCAGGCGGUACUGAUCGGGCUUUUCAAGUCAGCACAUCUACGGAGCAGCAAACGAAGUCACAACGAUCCCUCCAUCAAACUUCGAUUGAGGCUUACAUCUGUAGUCGCUGUCAGGCGUCCAUACCCGUCAAUGAGGAGAAUGAGCACCAAGACUGGCAUUUUGCCCGAGACUUGCAAGAGCAGGACUCUGUGCCAACCCAAAAUCCAGCUCUUCCGAAGUCAGGGUCUGGACACUCUCCCGCUCUCAAUCUGCUACAUAACAAAGUGGAAAAGGGUCAACGUCGCCUCGCAUUCGGAAAGUGA